GUAAGGUGUCCUGUGUUUAUGUUUGGUGUGUGGAAUCCUGUAAUACUCAAACAGCCAAGGAAGGGUUGCCGAUCCAGAAUAUUUCGAGAUCAAGUUUUGGAAAAUGUGAAAAAGUGAUCGCGUCAUUCUAGUUUUCUGAGCCACAACAUGGAUGAGGAGAAAAGUAUCUCUGAGAGAGAAAGGGCACUUCAAGAGAAGAUUGCUCGGUUGGAGAAGAAACUAGAGGGAUGUCAAGCUCAGAUAGAUAUUAUUGAUGAUCAACGCCAGCAACUGGAAGAAAGGGCAAUCAAAAUGGAGUCUGUUUUGGUAAACACAACCGAAGAGCUUUCGGAUGCGAGAAAACAGAUGAUAGAGAAAGAAAUGUCAAGUAAUCACCUGGCACAGAAACUUGAGUCCAUGACACAGCAGAUAGAGGAGUACAAGAGCCUACUUUACAAAGAGAGGGAAAUAACUAAGUACAGCAUGGGAAGACUGGAAACGAUCCUUUCCAGAGUGGAGGUUGAAAUGGCUUCGCGGAAAGAGUUUCAAGGCUUCCUAAACGAGAUGCUUGUUGCCGUUAAAGAGGAGUUACAGACUCAACUAAGGAUUGUCUUCAACAAACUGACCGGAUUAGAAAAUAAACUUCACGAGUCACCUCAAGACGUGAACCAUUCAAAGUGUCAAGCUAUGCCCAGCUUUGAUCAGGCUCCACAUCCACCAGAUCCAGAAUGCAAACCUCCUGACUCGAAAACCUCACGGAAGAAAUCUAAUUAUGAAAUUGUGACUGUCUUUGAAAAGGUAGUUACAAAUGAGCAAAGAAAAAGAGCCCAACUGCUGGAACUGCCGGAUAACUUCUUUGCAUAUGAGGACUCCUUACCUGAAACCAGCCUUUGUGAAACAGUUGAUAGUGAGCACAGCCAGGCACCACUUGUGGACAAUCUAACCCCAAGAAAGGGUUCAGCAGGCCUGAGCUCACAGCUAUUUCCAUCGCAAAAUGAAGACAAUGGCACUGGAGAAGAAGAUGGCGACCGGAAUGGGCCACACGUAGCACUUGCCAAACACGAAACUAAAGAUCCGUUGCUGAACAAGGAGAAAAAAUUUCUAUUUGGUUCUUCUAACACACUAUCGUUGUCCUUCCAGUCGGUUGCCAGUUCUUCUCAAACCGAUGACCCGUUUCGAAAAAAAAUAAGCAGCUCACCUUGCCGGUUCCCAUGUGCAGAUACUAGGCCAUUCACUUCCUCAGGUUCGGCAAAUCGUGAAAAAUUGGUGCAGUUUCAAUCUGGUAAAGGAAAUGUGGUAACAACCCCAGUAAAAUCAGUUCCAAUUCAUCCCACCACAUCAGAGAGCGUUGGUCAACUGACAUUUUCACCCCUGAAGCCCAGAGAUGAUGAUGCCUUUUCCGUGACUCAGAAAAAAGACAGCUUUAAACCAUUUCAAGGAGCUGGUAUACAGUUAUUUGCUGAGACAAGUGAAGACGUCGAAGGUCAAGAUGACGAUAAACUUCACUUUGAGCCAAUCAUUGCUCUUCCAGAUGAAAUUCAAAUUGUGACAGGUGAAGAAGGUUUAGAUGUGCUGUUCUGCGAGCGAGCCAAGCUGUACCGUUUUGACAGUGAUUCUAGUCAAUGGAAAGAACGAGGGGUCGGAGAAAUGAAGCUCUUACGGCAUCCAAAGUCUUGUCAAGGAAGAGUGCUCAUGAGACGGGAGCGGAUAAAAAAGUUGUGUGCCAAUCAUUACAUCAGUGCUGGGAUGGAGCUCAAACCCAAUGUUGGAUCAUAUCGUUCUUGGGUGUGGUACACUCCAGCCGAUUAUGCCGAGUGUGAGGCGAAACCAGAGAGGCUCGCGAUCAAGUUUAAGUCUGCAGAAAUUGCUGGAAAGUUUAAGGAGGUAUUUGAUGACCUCAGAGAGACAUUACCCUCAGAAACUAGCCCUGAAAAGGAAGUAACUGGUGAUGAACAAGAGACUGGCUGUGCUCUUUUUAAGCAAUUUAUGUCGGGAUUUACUCCUGCGUCAGGUUCGUGGACGUGUGAAGUGUGCGACGUUGACAACGAUGCCGAACAUUUGCAAUGUGAUGCAUGUAAUUCUGUUAAGACUGCAAGAGAACCUCAGAGAACUGUUUCCAUAGCAAAGGAAGAAAAUUUGAAACCCUCAGGACCAAUGUCGAAUGCUGCAGUCCCUCAAUCAGAACCAGCAAACACCGCUCAAGACGUCAAAAAGGAGUCUUGUCAAGUUGCAUCUAUUUUCCAAUCACCCGGUAGCUCGGCACUGGCUUGCUCGAAGCUUUUUACCAUUGGACGGGGAGAUCCAAAUGAAGAAAAAGAAGAUAAAAUUUACCUGUCUCCAAUCAAGACAUCUUCUCCCAGUCAGCAAGGAAUUAUCUUGCCGCAAAAGCCCUCAACGUCUCCCGGACAGAGUUACUUACCCAGUAGUCUUCCGUUUGGCUCAACAACACCUGUGAAGUUCACUUUCAGUUUGACAAUUUCACCUGGGUCUCCAUCUCGCAAAUCUAAAUCAUCAUCAUCGCCUGCGACACCGUCAUCUCCUGAGAGUCCUAGCCGUGGAGAAGAUGAUGGCCCGUACUUUGAGCCACUGAUACCACUUCCUGAUAAGGUGGAAUGCCGAACAGGAGAAGAAGGCCAAGAGGUACUUUUUUGUGAACGUUGCAAAUUGUUUAGGUAUGACGGAGGUGCAUCGCAGUGGAAAGAAAGAGGUGUUGGUGAGAUCAAGAUACUUCGUGACUCAAACUCUAAUAAAAACAGGAUUUUAAUGAGGCGUGAACAUGUCUUAAAACUCUGUGCUAAUCACAUGAUUUUAACGGAUAUGGUGCUGAAGCCUUUCUCAAACUCUGACAAGGCAUGGCUGUGGACAACGCUUGCAGAUUUCUCAGAAGAAGAAGCCACAGCAGAGACUUUAGCUGCGAGGUUUAGAACUAGUGAGGUUGCUGCUAAAUUCAAAGAAACCUUCGACAUUGCUAUACAGGCGCCUGUAUCAAAACCAGAGAAGGGCCCAUCCUUAUCAAAACCAGAGAGCAAGCCUCCGGACUCAAGAACAUCAGAAAAACCUGAAGAAGAUGUCAUGAUAAUAUUCGAGAAAGUAGUAACGGCUGAUCUAAAGGAGAAAGCCAAAAGGCUUCAAUUGCCAAGUAACUUCUUCGGAUAUGAAUGUUCGGCGCUUGAAGUCAGCUCUGAUCUGUCGGAAACUGAUGCGAGGCAGUCAGACCAGCCGACAAGUGAUCCCAUUCCCGAGGGAAGUUCCACCUCGACCUCAAACAAGACAGGCUUUCUUUUUGGCUCUGCAAGUGUGUCGUCUUUGACCUUUCAAUCCAUCGUUGCAUCUUCACUGGGAAGCAGUCCUUUUGGACAGAAGACGCAAGGUACGUUUGGUGGUUUUUCAGGAGCUGGGUCACAGUUGCUUGCCUCCCAAAAUGCAGACGAAGAUGACGAAGCAGGGAAUGGUAACCAUGAUGGACCACACUUUGAGCCAAUCAUUCCUCUUCCUGAAAAUAUCGAUGUUAAAACUGGUGAAGAAGAUGAAGAGGUAAUUUUUUCUCAUCGAACCAAGCUUUAUCGUUUUGCUGCUGAGGACAAGCAAUGGAAGGAGCGAGGAGUUGGGGAUAUAAAGCUUUUGAAAAAUAGACAAAGUGGAAAGAUGAGAGUUCUGAUGCGGCGGGAUCAGGUGCUUAAAAUAUGCGCAAAUCACCAGAUAACCGCUGAAAUGAAACUACAGCCGAACGCAGGUUCAGAUAGAUCGUGGGUUUGGAGCACAAUGGCAGAUUUUUCAGAGGGCGAAUGUAAAGCUGAACAACUUGCUGUGAGAUUUAAAUCAGAAGACACCGCCAAGCUGUUCAAGGAGAAGUUUGAAGAAUGUCAGGGAAUGCUGAGGAACCAAACACCAGUGAAGCUUCAAGUAACACCCAAAACCACAAAUGCCAAAGAAGAUCUCGUGACCAAAUUUAAACCAGCUAAGGGAUCAUGGGAAUGUAGCGACUGUAUGGUUAGCAACGAUAGUGAUAAAGUGCAGUGUUUAGCUUGUGGAAAUGUAAAACCGGGAGCAGAACCAAGUCAAGGCCAAAAGAAAGAAGCUAAAGCGUCGUUUUCAUUUGGUGGCUCUAGUCUUUCAUCCUUCUCAUUCGGCUCUGGUGGAACAAGUCAAGGCGAUUCAAAACCAGUUUUCUCUUUUGGCAGCCAGAAGCAGACUUCCACAUCAAGCUCUGGAGUUGCAUUUAGUUUUGGCUCAAUGGAUCAAGGAGGAAAUUUUAACGAACAGCAGACUAACAGAGACCCUAAAGCUAGUUCCUUGAUUGAUCCAGCAGACAACAAAGGAGCUGAUGACACUAAGGAUGAUCAAAACCAGAGUAUUCAAGAAGGGCUAGAUGUCAAAGAAAAAGCUCAAGUGGAAGAAAUUAGCACAGAAGAGGAUAGUUCUACCCUUGAAAGUGACAAGGACUCGGCACCUGCCAUGCAAGACACAAAAGAUACUUUGCCAAACAAGGAGCAAAAGUUCCUAUUUGGUUCUCCCAACGUAUUGUCAUUGUCAUUUCAGUCAAACGCCAAUUCGUCUCUGAGCAACAGUCCGUUUGGGAAGAAACCAACUUCCAGUAAUUCCCUGUUUGGGUUUCCGGGAUCAGGCACCAAACUAUUCACAACCCCAUGUUCGGCAGACCGUAGUGAGUCGAAAACGAAAGAGGACCACGAAGGACCACACUUUGAGCCGAUAAUCCCUCUACCUGAAAAGAUCGAUGUCAAAACAGGAGAAGAGGAUGAAGAAGUCAUGUUCUCCCACAGAGCAAAGCUAUAUCGUUUUGUGGCAGAGGACAAGCAGUGGAAAGAACGAGGAGUUGGAGAUAUAAAGCUUUUGAAAAAUAGGCGGAGUGGAAAGAUAAGAGUUCUAAUGCGGCGGGAUCAGGUGCUUAAAAUAUGCGCCAAUCACCAGAUAACCGCUGAAAUGAAACUACAGCCGAACGCAGGUUCAGAUAGAUCGUGGGUUUGGAGCACAAUGGCAGAUUUUUCAGAGGGCGAAUGUAAAGCUGAACAACUUGCUGUGAGAUUUAAAUCAGAAGGCACCGCCAAGCUGUUCAAGGAGAAGUUUGAAGAAUGUCAGGGAAUGCUGAGGAACCAAACACCAGUGAAGCUUCAAGUAACACCCAAAACCACAGAUGCCAAAGAAGAUCUCGUGACCAAGUUUAAACCAGCUAAAGGAUCAUGGGAAUGUAGCGACUGUAUGGUAAACAACGAUAGUGAUAAAGUGCAGUGUUUAGCUUGUGGAAAUGUAAAACCGGGAGCAGAACCAAGGCAAGGCCAAAAGAAAGGAGCUAAUGCGUCGUUUUCAUUUGGUGGCUCUAGUCUUUCAUCCUCUGGUGGAGGCUUUAUGUUUGGCUCUGGAGGAUCAAGUCAAGAGGGUGAUACCAAACCAGUUUUCACUUUUGGUAGUUCGAACCAAAAAUCAAAUCCAAGCUCAGGAUUUUCAUUCACCUUUGGCUCCUUAAAACAAACAGGACCUGUAAGUGAACAGCAGACAGAGGACACCAAUGGCAAUCUUUCUUUAUUUAAUAAACAAAAGCCUGAUGAGGAAGCUAGUGACUCCAAAGAUGACUACGACCGCCAAGAACUUUCGGAAAAACAAUCAUCAGCUAACCUGGCCAAAGAAGAGAGAAUAAAUGAGGAUGCCAGAAAAGACGUCAUGACGAAGUUUCAACCUGCAGAAGGAUCAUGGGAGUGUGAGAUUUGUAUGGUGAACAACGAAAGAGAUAAAGUCGAAUGUGCAGCUUGUGGAAGCGUAAAGUCAGGAGCAGAAGUCAUUAAAGAACAAAAGCAAAAUUCAAAAUCACUUUUUCCAUUUGGGUUUGGUGCUUUGUCAUCUGGGGGAGCCUUCUCAUUCGGCUCUGGUGGAACAAGUCAAGGCGAUUCAAAACCAGUUUUCACUUUUGGCAGCCAGAACCAGACUUCCACCCCAAGCUCUGGAGUUGCAUUUAGUUUUGGCUCUAUAGAUCAAGGAGAAAAUUUGAGCGAACAGGAGAUUAAAAGAAACCCUAAAGCUGGUUCCUUGACUGACCCAGCAGACAAUGAAGGAGCUGAUGAUACUAAGGAUGAUCAAAAACAGAUUAUUCAAGAAGGGGUAGAUGUCAAAGAAAAAGCUCAAGUGGAAGAAGUUGGCACAGAAGAAGAUAGUUCAACCCUUGAAAGUGACAAGGACUCGGCACCUGCCAUGCAAGACACAAAAGAUACUUUGCCAAACAAGGAGCAAAAGUUCCUAUUUGGUUCUCCCAACGUGUCGUCAUUGUCAUUCCAGUCAAUCGCCAGUUCGUCUCUGGGUAACAGUCCAUUUGGGAAGAAACCAACUUCCGGUAAUUCCCCGUCUGGGUUUCCGGGAUCAGGCACCAAACUAUUGACAACCCCACAUUCUGCAGACCGUGAUGAGUCGACAACGGAAGAGGACCAUGAAGGACCACACUUUGAGCCAAUAAUCCCUCUACCUGAAAAGAUCGAUGUUAAAACAGGGGAAGAGGAUGAAGAAGUCAUGUUCUCCCACAGGGCAAAGCUAUAUCGUUUUGUGGCAGAGGACAAGCAGUGGAAAGAACGAGGAGUUGGAGAUAUAAAGCUUUUGAAAAAUAGGCGAAGUGGAAAGAUAAGAGUUCUAAUGCGGCGGGAUCAAGUGCUGAAAAUCUGUGCCAAUCACCAGAUAACCGCUGAAAUGAAACUAAAGCCUAAUGCAGGUUCAGAUAGAUCGUGGGUGUGGAGCACAAUGGCAGAUUUUUCAGAGGGCGAAUGUAAAGCUGAACAACUUGCUGUGAGAUUUAAAUCAGAAGACACCGCCAAGCUGUUCAAGGAGAAGUUUGAAGAAUGUCAGGGAAUGCUGAGGAACCAAACACCAGUGAAGCUUCAAGUAACACCCAAAACUACAGAUGCCAAAGAAGAUCUCGUGACCAAGUUUAAACCAGCUGAGGGAUCAUGGGAAUGUAGCGACUGUAUGGUAAACAACGAUAGUGAUAAAGUGCAGUGUUUAGCUUGUGGAAAUGUAAAACCGGGAGCAGAACCAAGUCAAGGCCAAAAGGAAGGAACCAAACCGUUAUUUGCAUUUGGAUCUGAAGCUUCAUCCUUUGGUGGAGGCUUUACGUUUGGCUCUGGUGGAACAAACCAAGGAGGUGUUACAAAACCAGCUUUUAUUUUCGGGGGUUCGAAGCAAACAUCGAAUCCAAGCUCAGGAGUUCCAUUCACCUUUGGUUCCUUAAAGCUAGGGGGACUUGAAAGUGAACAGCAGUCAGAGGAAAUCAAUGUAAAGAAUCAUUCAUUAAAUGACAACGCGCCUGAUGAAGAAGCGAAUGAUACCGCCGGCGAUAUGGUGGAGAAAGUCUUAACCAGAGAAGAACUACUUGAAGAAAAAUAUGACGAAAGUAAAAAUCAGAGUGGACGCUUUACGUUUGGCUCCGAUGGAACAAACCAAGGAGGUGUUACAAAACCAGCUUUUAUUUUCGGGGGUUCGAAGCAAACAUCGAAUCCAAGCUCAGGAGUUCCAUUCACCUUUGGUUACUUAAAGCCAGGGGGACUUGAAAGUGAACAGCAGUCAGAGGAAAUCAAUGUAAAGAAUCAUUCAUUAAAUGACAACACGCCUGAUGAAGAAGCGAAUGAUACCGCCGAUGAUACCGUGGCUUGUGCAGCUUGUGGGAGUGUCAAAGGAGGAGCAGAACCAAGUCAAGGCCAAAAGGAAGGAACCAAACCGUUAUUUGGAUUUGGAUCUGGAGCUUCAUUCUCUGGUGGAGGCUUUAGGUUUGGCCCUGGUGGAAUAAACCAAGGUGGUGAUACAAAACCAGCUUUUACUUACGGGGGUUUAAGCAAAACAAAGAAUCAAUUCUCGGGAUUUUCAUUCUCCUUCGGUACCUUGAAGCAAGGAGGAAUUGUCAGUGACCAGCAGUCAAAGGCUACCAAAAGCAGUCUCUCUUCUUUGUUUGAACCAAAGCCUGGUAAUAAAGCUGGUAUUUCUAAACAUGACCAUGAACGCCAAGAAAAAACGAAGAACCAAACGUCAUUUAAAGCGAAAAAAGAAGAAACAAAAAGUCAACAAGCCGAAAAAGGCAUUAUGGCGAAGUUAAAAGCUGAUAAGAGGUUAUGGGAAUGUAGUGUCUGUAUGGUGAAAAACGACAUUGAUAAAGUGGCUUGUACAGUUUGUGGAAGUGUGAAAGGAGGAGCAGAACCAAGUCAAGGCCAAAAGGAAGAAACCAAACCUAUAUUUGUAUUUGGAUCUGGAGCUUCAUCCUCUGGUGAAGGCUUUACGUUUGGCUCUGGUGGAGCAAACCAAGGAGGUGAUACAAAACCAGCUUUUACCUUCGGGGAUUCAAAGCAAACAUCGAAUCUAAGCUCAGGAUUUUCAUUGUCCUUUGGCUCCGUAACGUCAGGGGGACUUGGAAGUGAACAACAGUCAAAGGCUACCAAAAGCACUUUUUCUUCUUUGUAUGAACCAAAGCCUGGUGAUAAAGCUGGUAAUGACCACGAAUGCCAAGAACGCCACGAAUGCCACGAACGCCAAGAACGCCAAGGAUUUACGUUUGGUCUUAGUGGUAAAAGUCAAAAAAGCAAGACAAAACCAGUUUUUAAUUCUGGUGGUUUGAACCAAACGCCUUAUCCAGAUACGGUAUUUUCAUUUAAGCCAGGAGGAGGUUUUAGUAACCAGCACUCAAAGGACACAAGUGGCAGUCUCUCCUCAUUAUUUAAACAAAUGCACGGUAAAGAAGCUGAUAAUACUAAAAAUGACCACGAACGACAAGAAAUGCUGAAGAACCGAUUAUUACUAAUCGCGACCAAAGAUGAAAAGAAAAUAAAAGACACUCGAAAGGACAAUAUUGCGAAGUUUAAAAAUACUAUAGGAUCGUGGAAGUGCGAGAUUUGUAUGGUGAACAACGUCAGUGAUAAAGUCGAAUGUGCAGCUUGUGGAAGUGUAAAGUCAGGAGCAGAGGUCAUUAAAGAACAAAAGCAAGAUUCAAAAUCACUUUUUACAUUCGGGUUUGGUGCUUCGUCUUCUGGGGGAGUCUUCUCAUUCGGCUCUGGUGGAACAAGUCAAGGCGAUUCAAAACCAGUUUUCACUUUUGGCAGCCAGAACUAGGCUUCCACCUCAAGCUCUACAGUUACAUUAAGUUUUGGUUCCUUAGAUCAAGGAGGAAAUUUAAGCGGAUAGCACACAAAAGCGACCCCUAAGGCUAGUUCCUUGAUUGACCUAGCAGGCAAUAAAAGAGCUGAUAAUACUAAAGAUGAUCAAAAUCAGAAUAUUCAAGAAGGGCUAGAUGUCAAAGAAAAACCCAAAGUGGAAGAAAGUAGUAACAGUUAUCACUUUUGGUAACCAGAAACGAACAUCCACCUCAAGCUCAGGAAUUUCAUUUAGUUUUGGCUCUAAGUCAAAGAGGAAAGUUUAGUGAAAUCACACAAAUAUCAACUCUAAAGCUGAUUCGUUACUUGAAUCGGCACGCGAAAAAAGGAGCUGAUGAUGACAGAGAUGAUCAGACAGUCUGUUGGUUCGAACCAAAUAUACGAUCUUUUAUGUGGAUCUACAGCUUCAAAAAGCUCUUGUGGAAAAAGUGUAGUAGACAUGAACCAGUUUUCACUUCUUGUAACUCCUAAUUAGUAGUUUCCAGGUAAAUCUGAUUCUUCAUCAUCAGGCGGAAGUUUUACGAAUUGACUCUAGAAGAACAAGUCCAGCCGACAAAAAAAACCAGUUUUUAUUCCUCGUUACUUAAAUCAAUCAGUAUGGCACCAUUGUUAACUUCGGGUCAGGAACAUCAUUCUGGUUUCAAAAGUCUUAAAAUAGUCUAUCUAUUCGUAAACUUCUCUACCUGGGAGGAUGACUUUCGGGAACUCACGUGGGAAUCUACUAGGUCUUGAUCUAAAUCUGCUGAAGUACUGCUUAAGAAAAAUGGAAAUAUAGGGUUGAUUUAAAAAUUGAAACCCGAUAGAGUGGGGUUCGAAGAUAAGCAAUGGCUGUUGAAAUUAGCAUUGACAUUCAAAAGGAAUUUCUAUGAAUAAUACUAUUAAAUUGGAUUGCAAAAAGGAGAGAAAAGACUUUUAAUACCCAAUACUUCAUUUGAACCUUUAUUUUGAC